UUCGGCCUUUUGCGGUUGCCGUAGUGCCUGACAAGUAAACAGGAAGUAGAAUUUUCCUUUUAAGACUAAGUAAAAAGGUCGAAUUCACGAAAGUAUCGACUACCGCUGUUUCGUACGCAGAGAGUCCUCGUUCCGGCUCAACUUCUGUGCUUUCUGUGUCAGUUCCUGUUCCAGUCAAGGUAUUUUGUUCUGAGCCCGCUCCAUCUCUUUGUCACCAGAACCAUGGCCGAAUAUUCCUAUGUGAAGUCCACCAAACUCGUGCUCAAGGGAACGAAGGCUAAGAGUAAGAAGAAAAAGAGUAAAGAUAAGAAGAGAAAGAGAGAAGAGGAAGAAGAAACUCAGCUUGAUAUUGUUGGAAUCUGGUGGACAGUAACAAACUUUGGUGAAAUUUCAGGAACCAUAGCAAUUGAAAUGGAUAAAGGAACCUAUAUACACGCACUUGACAAUGGUCUUUUUACAUUGGGAGCCCCACAUAAAGAAGUUGAUGAGGGUCCUAGUCCUCCAGAGCAGUUUACAGCUGUCAAAUUGUCUGAUUCCAGAAUUGCCUUGAAAUCCGGCUAUGGAAAAUAUCUUGGUAUAAAUUCAGAUGGACUUGUUGUUGGGCGUUCAGAUGCAAUUGGACCAAGAGAACAAUGGGAGCCAGUUUUUCAAGAUGGGAAAAUGGCUUUAUUGGCCUCAAAUAGCUGCUUUAUUAGAUGCAAUGAAGCAGGUGAUAUAGAAGCAAAAAGCAAAACAGCAGGAGAAGAAGAAAUGAUAAAGAUUAGAUCCUGUGCUGAAAGAGAAACCAAGAAAAAAGAUGACAUUCCAGAAGAAGACAAAGGAAAUGUUAAACAGUGUGAAAUAAAUUAUGUAAAGAAAUUUCAGAGCUUCCAAGACCACAAACUUAAAGUAAGUAAAGAAGACAAUAAAAUUCUUAAAAAGGCUCGGAAAGAUGGAUUUUUGCAUGAGACGCUUCUGGACAGGAGAGCCAAAUUGAAAGCUGAUAGAUACUGCAAAUGACCAAGAGUUUUGUUUGUCUUAUCCCUUUUUUUUUUUUUCUGAAUAAAAUAUUCAGUGGAAGUGC